AUGGAGGUCUACGUCGACGACAUGCUCAUAAAAAGCGUCAGGGCCAGCCAUCACGUCGAUCAUCUGGGAGAGAUGUUCAACAUAUUGAGAAAAUACCGCAUGAAACUUAAUCCCCAGAAAUGUGCCUUCGGAGUCGGGUCAGGAAAGUUUCUCAGUUUUAUGGUCAGUAACCGCGGGAUUGAGGCCAACCCUGAGAAGAUCAAAGCUCUGCAAGACAUGCGGUCACCAAUAAGGCCAAAAGAGGUGCAGAGAUUGACAGGUUGUGUCGCCGCCCUAAAUAGAUUCAUAUCGAAAGCCACUGACAAGUGUGUCCCCUUCUUCGACGCUUUGAGAGGAAACAAGCGCUUCGAAUGGACACCACAGUGCGAGGAGGCCUUCCAAAAAUUGAAGGAGCAUUUGGGCAAACCCCCAAUUUUGUCAAAACCAAACGCUGACGAAGAGCUCAGCCUAUACCUCUCCGUGUCCCAACACGCCAUGAACUCCGUACUGAUAAGGGAAGAAGGGAAGGUACAAUUGCCGAUCUACUAUGUGAGCAAAAGACUCCUCGACGCCGAGUCGAGAUACAGAGAAAUAGAACGUCUAGCCCUCGCCUUGAUGAUAGCUUCGAGAAAGCUUCGGCACUACUUCCAAUCCCACACAAUACGAGUUCUCACAAACCACCCGUUGAGACAGGCCUUACAAAAGCCGGAAACGUCCGGAUGGCUCCUCAAAUGGUCGGUAGAACUAAGCCAGUUUGAUAUAAAAUACAUGCCAAGAACCGCUAUUAAAGGUCAAGCGCUCGUCGACUUUCUGGCUGAAUUCUCUCACAGGCCGACCUACACCCCAUCUGAAGAAACCGAGGUUGCAAGAUGGAAGCUUUACGUGGAUGGGGCGUCGAGCGAAAAUGGAUCAGGAGCCGGCGUCUUACUAAUCAGCCCUGAAGGCCACAAGAUUACCUCGGCGGUACGGUUCAAAUUUAAGGCAUCAAAUAAUGAGGCGGAAUAUGAAGCCCUAAUUGCCGGAUUACGUUUAGCGAACCAAUUAAAGGUCGAGAGGAUCAGCGUCUACAGCGACUCCCAGCUAGUCGUCGCGCAAAUAAAGGAGGAAUAUCAAGCACGCGGCGAGAAGAUGGGGGCAUAUCUGAGAAAGGUAAAAGAGGAGCUUGUUAAAUACAAAAACUACGAGAUACUCCAGAUCCCACGAGCUGAAAAUGCAAACGCGGAUGCACUGGCAAAGCUGGCUUCAUCAAAGGAUGCCGACACACUAGGCGUUGUCCCCAUUGAAGAAUUGGAACGGCCGACCAUCGAGGAGCACGCCAAGGCAUUUAGUGUCCAAGAAGGAGAAAACCGGAUGACACCACUCAUACGGUACCUAAUGGACGCACAGAUGCCAAAUAAUAAAGAUGAGGCCCGACGAAUCAGGUAUAGAGCCGCCAGGUACUUAUUAUACGAUGGCCUGCUCUAUCGACGAGGCUACUCAACACCUCUACAACGGUGCCUAGAUGAUGCCGAAGCCCAGAAGGUCCUCCAAGAAAUACAUGAAGGGAUCUGUGGCAAUCAUACCGGGGGACAAUCUUUAGCGCUAAAGGUUUUGAGGCAAGGAUACUACUGGCCCACACUCAAAAAGGAUGCUUUCCAGUACACCCGACGAUGCGAUAAAUGUCAAAGGUAUGCCACGAUUCCUAGGGAAAAGCUAACUUCCAUUCUCAAUCCAUGGCCCUUCGCCAAGUGGGGGAUUGACCUGAUCGGGCCAUUGCAUCCUGCACCUGGGGGGUUGAAAUUCGUGAUCAUUGCGGUAGACUAUUACAUAGAGUGGGCAGAGACCAAGGCCCUAACUACAACCAUGGAAGCAACCUGCACCAAAUUUAUGUGGGACCACAUCGUGUGCAGGUUUAGGGUUCCCCACUCGAUAGUGUCCGACAACGGGAAGCAGUUUGACAACGCCGUGACACGCAGAUUUUGUGACGGUUUGGGCAUCUGA